CCCUCCCCUCGCACAGCCGCCACCCACCUCCACCAUGCCUUCUUCCUAUCCCGAUUCCCACCCACAUUGCCGCCGCUGCCGCCGGCCUACGCCCUCCCCCCACACCGCCGCCGUGAAACCCCCUCCUCACCUUCUCUCCCCGGUCGAGCAGCAGCAGGUCAGGCGGAGGCGGCAGCCAGAUCCACUGCGUUGCUUCCGGAUCCGCGCCCUCCCCACCCCCGAUUCAUCUCCAAUCCCGCCGCCGACACCCAACCCCACCCCCACCGGCGACCUCCCCUAACCCCAUCACCACCGGCGACCUCCCUCCCUUGCUCCUCAACCCAACCUAACCCCGAUUCGAUUCAGUUCAGAGACGAAUCCCCUUCCACAUCGCCGCCGCCGCCACACACUGCCGAUCCCCUCACAUCCGGCCGGUGGCCAUGGCCUCCGGUAUCUCCCCGACAGCCGCCACUCCCGUACCCUCUCCAGUCCCCUCCCCUGCGCUGCCCUCACCAGAAGAGGAAGAGAAGAGGUAGGGAGACCAAGCGAGCUGGUCAGGCGGCCGCCAUGGCGUGACCAGAUCCGCCACGGUUGCCCAUGGUUUCUUCGACCUGGGCCUCGACGGAGGUCGCCAUGGCCUGCUCCGUGCUGAUCCUCUCUUCCUCACCUCACAUCAGGCGACGGCCAAAUCAAGGCGUAUUCGCACCAUCGUCAAUGGCCUCAAUGGAGGUGCUCGCGUGCCGGCUUCCUCCUCCUGCUUCUUCUCGGCCGCUGCCGACGCCAUGGAGCUUCCUAGCCUAGCAGGAAGGGGGAAGAAGAGACAGCGGGACGGAAGUAAGGAGGCCGCCGGGGAGUGAGGUGUUGUACUCGACGAAGAUAGCUGACGCCUCUGUUUGUGAUGCCACAUGACAAGCAUAGGGAAGAGCCCACCAUCGCCAGCUUGCUCCACCACAAGUCGCGCUUGCCCUCCGUGCUCAACAUGGCACUGCUUGUCCUGGGAGUGAUUAUUCUCAUUGUAUACUUCAACAACGGCUCAGGUACACGAAGGCUGGGAGCGCCAAGGCGCACCUCACGCGCGGGGAUGCCGACAAGAAGGAUGUGGGCGAGGACUUCUUCGUCUUCAUGGGCGAGUUCCGCAAGGAGUUCAAGCAGAAGAACCCCAAGAACAAGUCUGUCACUGCUGUAGGCAAAGCAGCCGGUGGGAGGUGGAAGAACUUGAGCGAGUCGAUCAUGGUGUACCAGCUUUGCAAGGGCGUUGCUUUUUGCCACGGACGCGGUGUUCGGCACCAUGACCUUAAGCCACACAACCUACAAAUUGGUGGAUGGGUAGGUAUCCUCUGGUUUGAUCCCAGCAAGAGGAAGUGUUCUCUUCUCUUUAUCAACCAAAGGCACUUUCUUCUCUCAUGGAUGGAUGGGACUCCAUCAAUUUAGUAUCAGUUUAGGUGUUAGUAUGCUGUUGAUGCUUCUAUUGAUGCCAUGCUUUUUGUCUUGUCAUGUGCUGAUAUUAACUGGCAGCAUCAGCUCCCAUGAUUGCUUGCUUGCUUGCUUACUCUAUAACCUGUACUGCUAAAACAUGUUAUCCUACUCCAUGAUGAUAUAUCAUUUGCAAAUACUCCUGGACAUCAGCUCCCAUGAUGUUGCAUUUGCUAUAAUCUGUACUGCUAAAAGAGGAGUGUAAACUGGAGUAAUUUUUUCAGCCAUUAUCUUUGUUUUCUUUUGGGCGGAUGCUCUCCACUGGAGUACAGCUGGGUACUGCAUCUCUUUUUGCAUUCCUUUUUCAGUCAGUGCUUGACCAUUUUUUUAAAGAUGAAUUGGAAUACUCCUGGACAGCAGUACAUGGAGUAUAGCUGUAACUUCUUGCAGUAUAGCUGUAGCAGUCCAUUAGGAGUAGUUUUGCAUCAGUAGCAUUAGGAGUAACUUCUUGCAGAAACUCUUUCACACAUAUUGUCAUGCAUCAGUAGCAUGUUUGCCUGUUUUGGAGUAGCGAUUAAUUACUUGUAAUGUUUUUCUUGUCUGAGCACACACACUAAAUGAAACUUUUUCAGAUGAUUAUUAUUAACUGAAACUGUUAUGUACAUGAAUAUAGUCUAUCUACAGCUAGUUACAUAUGUGGUGCAAUUGUGUAGAACUACUAGUACUAUGCUUGAGAUUUGAUCAUGAAUAUAGUGUAUCUGCAAUUGUACAUGAAUAUAGUGUAUCUGCAGUACUGUAAUAUGCUUGAGACUUGAUCCAAACCAUAUUAAUUGUUGUUAGUGAUUUUAUUAUCUACUUUUUGCAUCAUCUGAACAUUUUUUGCUGCUGCAUAGUUUCUCACUCAUGAUUGAUCUACUGCCAGGUGAAUGAGGUUUUCAAAUAUUGAAGGAGGAGGACAAUAUGAACUUCUGUUCUGUCUUAUCAUCUAAACUUCUGUUUUAAUUUUCUUUGUUGUAGAAUAGUUUUGUUUGGCACUUACUAUUCCUGGGAUGUAAAGAUAUGUAUUGCUAGAAUGAAUGGUUGUAAUAUAAGCAAUAUUAUAUUUUGGGCUCCUAUAACAUUGCACGUUGCUUUGAAAAUGUAUCAGAACUGGGCUAGGCCCAAGAUAGCUUGUGGUGUGAUAUGUUGUAAUGUCAAUGGCAUUAUAUUUUUU